GCCCCGUAUAUAAUUCGAUCUUUAGUUUCGUGCUUUAGUUUCCUUCUUGUCUUGCAAAGUGACUACCAAAAGGUCAAUAUGAUUCCUUUGAAGACCAUUCUACUGUUAACUAUGGUUGGUUUGCUGAACUUAUCGACAGUUGCACCGGACAGCGCAGGAAUCGUAGAGAUGGUGAACGGAUUGGCGUAUGGAGGCAUUCCCUACGGAAGCGUAACUGGAAUGCUGGCAAAGUAUCCAGGAUUCAUGAGACAACAAUUUAAUUCCAUUCAAGCUCGGCAAUUGAAUGGAUUCGGAAAUGUACAACCGGUAGUUGUCAAUCCAAAUUUUAGGGCAACGAGACUGGUAGGCGUGCAUCCGCAACCUGUGCAAGUUUACAAUGCUCGUGGUGUCGUUGCCCCUGGCGUUGUUGGCACGAUCAGUCACAUAGGAUACUGAGUUUCAUUAGUUAUAAAAAAUUUCCAAUAAAAAGUACAAAAGCUUUGACACUUUCAUUAUACAUCCCAAAAA